AUUAGAGAGCAUAUAUGACCAAAAUUGGUGCCUUCUUCCAUCUCAUUGCCUAUGAUUUGAGUACGUAGGAUAGUACAUUGACCUCCCAGCAAAGGCGAAGAAUGUACAACUAAAAUUCACGCAGUUGAAACUCUGACGUCACAUCGUCUUAUAGUUGUCAUUUCACGAUUCCCUGAGAACCAUUGAUCGGCCGAACCCGCAUCGCCGUCGGUCGUUUAGCCUGCCGGAUCCUCUAAACCCUUGGAAAUUCUCGGCGCCAAAUGGUUUCCUAGCGCAGAUCUAUCUUCGUAGUCAUUUUUCGAAUUAGACUGAAGGCUCGUCUGUUACGAAAUGGCUGCGCCGAAUGUGGACCAAUUCGACGCUUAUUUUCAGAAGGCGGAUUUGGAUCGUGACGGUCGAAUCAGUGGUGCCGAGGCCGUUUCCUUCUUUCAGGGAUCCAAUUUACCCAAAGAAGUCCUUGCUCAGAUUUGGAUGUAUGCUGAUCAAAACCAAACUGGAUUCCUCAAUCGUCAACAGUUUUAUAAUGCUCUAAAACUUGUAACUGUAGCACAAAGUAAACGGGACUUGACUCCUGAUAUAGUUAAGGCUGCAUUAUACAGUCCAGCUUCGGCUAAAAUUCCAGCUCCCCGGAUAAAUGUUACGGUUCCAUCAGCUCCUAACCUGAAUAAUAAGCCACGUGCACCAGCCCCAGUUACUGGCUUAGCUCCAAUGAUGACUCCAAGCGGUGGCAUAGCAGGUUCACAGGGAUUUUCACCUCAACAAAAUAAUUUCAUGAGCCCACCUCGAUUGCCAACUUAUAACACCACAUUACAGUCACAAUCAGGUAUUUCAAAUCCAGGAAUGUUAGCUGGGUCCUCGGUGCCUGCUAUGCGUUCUCCUAAUUCAUCUGAUUGGCUUCGUAGCGGAACUGUAGGUCCUGAACAUGGGGCUGUGUCCCAAUUUCCUAACAGAGGUGUUAGUGUUAACAGUCAAGAUGGAUUCAGCCCUGCUUCAUCUGGGUUCACUGCAUCUCUACAACCAAAAGCACAAGAAACUACUUCAUUGGUGCAGCCCAGCUCAUCUAGCUCAAAUGAUUCAGCUUCACUGGGUCACCAUCCUCCUGCUAUGGGAGCUCAAGUGACAGGAAAUGGGAUUGUUUCCAGUUCUGUUUUUGGGGAUGUUUUUUCAGCAACAUCGGUCCUUCCAAAACAGGAAUCCAAGCAACCUGUUUCUUCAGCUCAUCUUCCAGUAUCUGUAGCGUCUCAACCAAACAUUAUGCCUAGUUCAAAUCACCCUUUAGAAAGCAUAAAUUCUAAGCCCCCAUUGAGCCAUCAUUACCAGCAAAAUCAGGCGGAAAUGAAACCGAACCAGAAUGUCCCAUUGCAAAGUUCUACUAUAGUUCAUGGUGGAGUAGUAAAUUCUGGUUCUAUUCAGUCUCAGCCUAACUAUCAGCAAACUCUGCCAACAAUCAAACCAAACCAGAAGAUCCCAGUGCAAAGUUCCACCAUAAUUCAUGGUGGAGUGGGAAAUUCUGGUUCUGUUCAAUCUCAGCCUCCAUGGCCAAAGGUGACCCAAGCUGAUAUACAGAAGUAUAACAAAGUUUUUGUGGCUGUAGAUACAGAUAGGGAUGGAAAAAUUACUGGUGAACAGGCACGCAAUCUGUUUUUGAGUUGGAGGCUGCCUCGAGAUGUCUUAAGGCAGGUUUGGGAUUUAUCUGAUCAAGACAAUGACAGUAUGCUGUCUUUGCGAGAAUUUUGCAUUGCUCUUUACCUGAUGGAGCGAUACAGGGAAGGGCGUCCUCUUCCUUCUGUCCUUCCAACCAGUCUAAUGUUGGAUGAGACAUUGGUGUUUUCCUCUGCUAAACCGACUGCAGCAUAUACUGGAUCAACGUCGAAGCCUACUCCCGGACCGCUGCAACAUGGGGUAAAAGGACCACGACCACCUGCUGCUCCUCUUGGAAAGCCACCACGUCCAGCUUCCACUGCUCAGCCUGAUGAAGCUAAGCAGCCUGCUCAACAAAAGCCCAAAGCUCCGGUACUGGAGAAGCAUCUUGUUGACCAACUUAGCACAGAAGAACAAAAUUCUCUGAACUUAAAGUUCCAAGAGGCAACUGACGCGGAGAAGAAAGUCUCUGAACUGGAGAAGGAAAUAUCAGAUGCAAAAGAAAAAACUCAUUUCUAUCAUUCAAAAAUGCAAGAACUAAUAUUAUAUAAAAGCCGAUGUGACAAUAGAUUGAAUGAGAUAAUUGAAAGAUCUUCUGCUGACAAAAAAGAGGUUGAGUCUCUGGCAAAAAAGUAUGAACAGAAGUAUAAACAGGCUGGAGAUGUAGCUUCAAAGUUAACCAUCGAGGAGGCCACAUUUCGUGAUAUUCAGGAGAAAAAGAUGGAGCUAUAUCGGACGAUUCUUAAAAUGGAUCAAGAUAGCAGUGCUGAUGUUGUUCAGGACCGCGCUAAUCACGUUCAGGCGGAUAUUGAGGAACUUGUUAAAUCAUUGAAUGCACGUUGCAAAACAUAUGGGCUACGUUCCAAACCCAUUUCACUGUUGGAGCUUCCCUUUGGAUGGCAACCUGGCAUCCAAGAGGGAGCCGCAGACUGGGAUGAAGACUGGGAUAAGUUUGAAGAUGAAGGAUUCACAUCAGUGAAGGAGCUCACACUCGAUGUACCAAAUGUCAUAGCUCCUCCUAAACUAAAGUCUUCCUUGAUACGGGAUAAAACACAUUCCAAUGAGAGUGAGGCAGAAAAAUCAAACUACGAUGCUGGUGCAAGGACUGAUAAGUUGUCAAGCCCUCAAAAAGGAGAAACAAUGGACGGCGAGGAUUUUGCCUUUAGGGAUGAACAAGAAGGUGAAAAAAGUCCACCAAAGAGUAAACACAUAGAGAACUUAUCAAAGGAAUACGGUGAAUCCUCACCUAGAAAGGAAAUCAGCUAUGAUGGGUCACCCCAUUCCACACAAAGUGAACAUGGUGCUGAAUCUGUGUAUUCUGGGGAAAAAAGGUUUGAUGAUUCAGGCUGGGGUGCAUCUGACACUCACUAUGAUGCAUGGGAUAUCAACUCUGUUGCUAGUAAGGAAGCUGAUCUUGCUAGGCACAAGGAACUCUCUCUUUUUGGCUCUGAUGACUGGGGCCUAGCCCCUAUAAAAACUGGAUCGAAGCACUCAGAUGACUUAUUCCCCAAACAAAACCCAAUCUUCGAUUCAGUCCCUAGCACCCCAAGUUACAAUGUUGGGCUGACGGGCAAGCAAAGCCUAAUAUUUGAUUCGGUCCCUAGUACCCCAAGUUAUAAUACUGGACCCAUGGGUACAGGCGAUCCUUUUACGAAACAAAGCCCGUUCUUCGAUUCGGUUCCCAGUACUCCAAGUUACAAUAUUGGGCCCAUGGGUAAACAAAGCCCAUUCUUCGAUUCUGUCCCUAGUACUCCAGGUUAUGAUUCGGGAUCACAACAGGCCAGAGAUGCAAUAUUUUCAAAGCAAAGCUCUUUCUUCGAUUCGGUUCCUAGUACUCCAAGCCAUAAUGCUGCUGGGUUUUCUUCAUACGCAGAAAACGCAUUCUCCUCAAAGAAGAGCCCUUUCUUUGAUGAUUCAGUUCCAAGCACACCCAUGUAUAGUUCUCCAGAUCACUCGAGAGAUUUCUCUAGAUUUGACUCCUUCAGAUCUGGUAAGGACUUUGACUAUGGUCAAGAUCUGUUUGCAUCAUCAUCCCGUGAUAAUUCCCUAGCAAGGUUUGACUCAUUCCGCAGCACAGCAGAUUCUGAAUAUACCUUUGGUGCACCUCCUCAAGAUGGGUUUACGAGAUUUGAUUCCAUGCGGAGGGAUUCAAUGGAUUACGGUAAGGGAGGUUUCCCGUCUUUUGAUGAUGAUGAUGAUGAUACAUUUGGUGGGUCAAGCAGGCAGUCAUUGAAGACUUCACUUGACAGUGAAACGCCAAAAAGAGAUUCUUCUGAUGGUUGGAAAGCCUUUUAAUGCCUGUAUUUGUCAUAUAAUACAAACUCUGUUUUUCUGGGCAGGUUAUAGCGAGGUGUUUGUAUAUUGGCUCGCCAGUGAUGUAAUUGGACAACAGUGCCCACACCAAUGUAAUUUUACACGUCUUGGUUGUUUUCUUCCUGGUUUCGUAUCAUUCUUUCUCUUAGAGUUCGUACACAUUCAUUUCUAUUAUAGUUGUGUGUAAAAUGAAAACGUCUUUUUGUUUAAUUCGUCUCCUCGUUUGUAACGCUGACAGAAGUAAAAUCUGCUUGCUGCUGUCUCAUUUGUAUUUAGAACCAAUGACUGAUGCAUUUUGGUUUCAUGUAUUUAGAGCAUGUUUGGCAGCACGAAAAUCGGCUGUUUUGGCUGAUUCUGCUGAAAUUUAUGAAGUUCUGGCU